ACGCGUGUCUAGUUGGUAUCAAUCACCUAGGCGCAUGCGCAUUGCAAAGCAUUCCUGACGACGCACUACUAACAGUUUUGACAGUUGUAAAAGUAACAGUCAUCAUGGCCCAAAUUCAAAUUAAAGAAGGCGAAUUUACGUCAACCAUAUAUGGAAUGAUCAAAGACCAGAGGUUUAGCGAAGCUGUGCAGGUGUUGAACACUCAGUUACAGACUCAUCAGAGGUCCAGGGCAGCCCUGUCCCUUCUUGGCUACUGCUACUACCAGAAGCAGGACUUUGUAAACGCCUCUGACUGCUACGAACAGCUGUCUAUCAUGCACCCAGAGAUAGAGGACUACAAGCUGUACUACGCACAGGCCCUCUACAAGGCCUGCCUGUACCAGGAGGCAAUGAAGGUUGCCUGUCAGAUGGAUAUCCCUGCCAGGCAGGCUGAGGUGGUCAAACUUCAAGCUGCCAUAAAAUAUGGUGAAGAAGAUUUGCCUGGAGCUAAGAGUCUUGUUGAGCAAUGUCCCACAGAUGAUCCGGACACAGAAAUCAACCUGGGUUGCCUGCUGUUUAAGGAGCACAGGUACCAGGAGGCGUGUCAGAAGUUCACCACGGCUAUCCAGAUACUUGGGUUCAAGCCUGACCUGGCCUACAACAUCGCCCUGUGUCACUACAUGAUGAAGCAGUACGCCCCAGCCCUCAAGCACAUUGCCGACAUUAUAGAGAAAGGCAUAAAAGAACAUCCAGAGUUGAGCGUUGGCAUGACAACUGAGGGUAUUGAUGUCCGCAGUGUGGGUAACUCACUUACCCUCCAUGAGACAGCCCUGGUGGAGGCUUUCAACCUCAAGGCUGCCAUCGAGUACCAGCUGAAGAACUCAAAUGCAACUCUGAGAGGGGAUACAAAUGCAGGUGAGUAUGUUGAGGCGGCGUGCGAGGCCCUGACCGACAUGCCGCCACGUGGAGAGGAGGAACUGGAUGCAGUCUCCCUCCACAACCAAGCACUCAUGAACAUGGACCAGGACCCGACCCAGGGCUUUGAAAAACUGCAGUUCCUCCUGCAGCAGAACCCCUUCCCACCAGAGACGUUCGGCAAUCUGCUGAUACUAUAUGUGAAAUAUGAGUACUAUGAUUUGGCGGCAGAUGUUCUGGCAGAAAAUGCUCAUCUGACAUACAAGUUCUUGUCAUCAUACCUGUAUGACUUCCUGGAGGCCGUUAUCACGAGGCAGACGUCCCCAGAAGAGGCGUACAGGAAACUAGAUGAGAUGGCCACCAAGCAGACCGAAACUCUCCGCAAGCUCACCAAACAGGUGCAAGAAGCCAGGACCAAUCAUGAUGAUGAGGCAGUGAAGAAAGCUGUGAAUGAAUAUGACGAAGCUCUGGAAAGGUACAUCCCAAUCCUGAUGCAGCAGGCUAAGAUCUACUGGGACAUGGAGAACUAUCAGCAAGUUGAGAAGAUCUUCAGGAAGUCAGUAGAGUUCUGUAAUGAGCAUGACACAUGGAAGCUCAACGUGGCCCAUGUGCUCUUCAUGCAGGAGAAUAAGUACAAGGAGGCAACGGGCUUCUAUGAACCAAUUGUCAAGAAAAACUAUGACAACAUUCUGAACGUCAGUGCUAUAGUCCUGGCCAACCUGUGUGUAGCCUAUAUCAUGACCAGCCAGAAUGAAGAGGCUGAGGAGUUGAUGAGGAAGAUCGAGAAGGAGGAGGAGCAGGUGGCCUAUCAGGACCCGCAGAAGAAGAUUUACCAUCUGUGUAUUGUCAACUUGGUCAUUGGUACGCUGUACUGCGCGAAGGGCAACUACGAGUUUGGCAUUUCCCGCGUGAUCAAGAGCCUGGAGCCGUACAACAAGAAGCUGGGCACCGACACCUGGUACUAUGCCAAGCGAUGUUUCCUCUCGCUGAUCGAGAACAUGUCGAAGCACAUGAUAAUGAUGCGUGACGCUGUCGUGCAGGAGUGCAUUCAGUUCCUGGAGUGCUGCGAAAUGUAUGGUCGGGAGGUGAAGGCCCUUAUAGAGCAGCCCUUAGAGGCAGAGCCCAUGCACCCUGGGAAGAACACAGUCACAUACGAGGCCCGUCUGCUCAAGGGCCUGCUGCUGCAGCUGAUUUAGGGGCCACCAGGGGCCUACACGUGGCCUACCUUGGCAGAUUUUAACCAUUUCCUGCUCAAAUAACCACUUUACUUUGAUCUGUUCUAGUCUAGUAGAAAAUCAAAUAUAAUUAAAGACCAUCCUAACUAUAAUAUAUAAGUUUUAAGGCUUUCAUUUUCCAAGCCCAAUGUACUAAUGAGCUGCAAUCAGUAUAAAACCUGAACAGACUGUGAGUUACUUGCAGGCUGUUUUAUGUUGAUUGUAUAUAGCCAUUUUAACUUUGGUUCUGAGCGGGCCAGGGUUAAUAGGGGCAGAAAGGUUGUUUAUUCAUGGGUGUUGGGAGUGAACAUUUCAAGAGCCACACUGGAUCUGAGUUUGAAAAUAGAUCUAUGUAAAAAUUGUGUUAUUAAAUGGAUUAAUAUGCCAAAUGUUUUUUGUUAAUUAGAUUUGAAUACAACCAAACAUUUUAUACUAGUAGAGUUUUCUUGUAUAAUGGGUAUGUUAAUCUUUAUUCAUUAAAUUUUAGUGUAAUUCACAUUAAAUUCAGUCUUUAACUAAAACUGUGUUUGUAUGAAACUAUAAUUCUACAACUACUAUGAUUAUCUGCCACUCCUGGUUUUAUUUUAAACAAGGGGAUAUUUAAUUUGGUGAUAGCUAAUUAUUUUUAUGUGAGAACAUAAUAAAUUAUUUAUGGCUUGUUUAAAGUUACGUAUUUUUUUUUAUUUAUAGAAAUAUAUAUAAUUUAGAUACACAGUAAUAUAGUUUAUUAGGUUUUGGAAGAUAUCAAAACGAAAUAUAAUUACCAUUUACUGCCCUUAAUGUAUUAUGACUGUAUGAAAUAAGUAUGAACUAAAAUAUAUUUUAAAGAACCAAAUGUGUGUGUAUAUCUGUUAAAUAUCCGUUCAAAAUAAAGUAUUUUGUUUUGCAA